AACAAUAAAUAAUUCAUCUGUCAUCCGACACCUGAUUAUUUAUUUUUGAGACGAACUCGGCGUAAGGUCGAUGUAGUUGUUAUUUGUAUUAAACUUUGCAGUUUAACUGUCUUAUUUUAUUAACGUAGAGUGGUGUAUGUAGUGGUUAUCAAAAUGAGUGACAUGGAGAGGAUAUUUAAGCAGGCUGCGAUGCAGAUAGGUGCUGGAGGCAGUGCCGGGUUCGUAGAAGUCCUGAUCAUGCAGCCGCUUGACUUAGUGAAGACGAGACUGCAGCUCCAAGCCACAAAAUCCACGUUAUCAAGAUCAGAUCCUCAUUAUUACACGGGGAUAGCGGAUUGUAUGAAGAAAAUGUACAAAUAUGAAGGAAUCACUUCAUUCUGGAAGGGUAUUUUACCUCCUAUAUUGGCUGAAACUCCUAAGCGAGCUGUGAAGUUUGCUACCUUUGAACAGUAUAAAAAGAUUUUUAUGUUUGGUUCCAGUACACCAACACCUUUAACAUUCUCACUAGCAGGCCUAGGAGCAGGUAUAACAGAGGCCAUCCUUGUAAAUCCUUUCGAGGUAGUUAAAGUGACCUUACAGUCCAACAAGGCUAAAGUGAAAGAAUUGCCGAGCACAUGGUCGGUGACCAGACAAAUUGUUAGGGAACAUGGUUUGGGCUCCAGAGGACUUAAUAAAGGACUUACAGCGACGAUAGCCAGAAAUGGUGUCUUCAACAUGGUGUAUUUUGGAUUCUAUCACAGUGUUAAAGGUGUUGUGCCAGAAUAUGAGGAUCCGGUUCUAGAAUUCAUCAGAAAACUAGCCAUUGGUUUCACAUCAGGAGUUCUUGGGUCCUGCAUCAACAUACCGUUCGACGUGGCCAAGAGUCGCAUCCAGGGCCCGCAGCCGACGCCAGGCGUCAUCAAGUACAGUUCCACCACUGGAGCCAUUAUACUUGUGUAUAAGGAGGAAGGAUUCCGGGCUUUGUACAAAGGUCUGUUACCCAAAGUGCUUCGACUGGGUCCCGGAGGGGCGAUCAUGUUGGUUGUUUACGAUUACGUAUAUCACUUCCUAGAGGAAAAGUUUAAGUAAAUAAUGCAUAUCCAAUAGUAAAUACACGCACAAAUAGUUACCGUUCAAUGUAGGUUCAUUCAACAGCACAAACAAUCUUCGUUUAAAAUAACUUAAGUAAUGGCUGAUAAGAUUUGAAAAGCAUUUAUUGUGACAAGGUUCCAAAUUAUUUAAGGUGUUUUCAUUAACCAGUUUUUUGAUAUGUAUAGUUUUAAUAUACAUUAUACAUAUAAUAUUUUUGUAAACGUGAAAGAAAAAUUAUAAAUAAUACUUAGUCGUAGUAAGCUUAUUUCAAUUUUAAUAAAUGGACCA